AUGGCAGCCACGGUUAAGUUUACGAACGCCGUCUGCGAGUCGAAAAACAAAACUUGGAUUACCUUCGAUCGAUGUCGAUUGCGUGCGAUUAAUCGCAACAAAACAGUUUUGAAUGUGGAAGUGAAUUUUCUUCAUCCGGUGCACAGCGCAAAUCUCAACUUCCGGAUGCAGAAAAGGGCGAAUGGCUAUAAGCCCUGGUUGGGCGAAUAUACGGUCGAUUUCUGCGCGUUUAUGCGAAAAUCCAAUCAUCCGGUUUUCAGAAUUGUAUUUGACAUUUUGAAGGACUUCUCGACACUCAACCAUACGUGUCCCUAUGUGGGCAAGCAGAUUGUCAAGGAUUUAUACUGGGACGCCAAAGGCUUACAGUUGCCUUUGCCAAGUGGGGACUACGCCGUGCUCCUAACUUGGAUUUUCGAUAAGAAGCCGCAGGCUUUAACGAAUUUUUACUUUACUUUCCAUCAGGAUUUAUUUAAUGAGUAG